GGGGCCGCGGCCGCCCUAGGGGGCGGCACCGCGCGGCGGUCACGUAGCUCAGGUUCUCGGGCUGCUGCCGGACGCGCGUCGGUUAGUUCCUGUGCACCAGUCCCCGCCGUUUCUCCGCCAGCAUGCCGAUGUUCGUGGUGAACACCAACGUCCCCCGCGCCUCCGUGCCGGACGGGCUCCUCUCCGAGCUCACUCAGCAGCUGGCGCAGGCCACCGGCAAGCCGGCCCAGUACAUCGCGGUGCACGUGGUCCCAGACCAGCUCAUGGCCUUCGGCGGCUCAAAUGAGCCGUGCGCGCUCUGCAGUCUGCACAGCAUCGGCAAGAUCGGAGGCGCGCAGAACCGCUCCUACAGCAAGCUGCUGUGCGGCCUCCUGGCCGAGCGCCUGCGCGUCAGCCCAGAUAGGAUCUACAUCAACUACUACGACAUGAACGCGGCCAACGUGGGCUGGAACGGCUCCACCUUCGCGUGAGGGCCACGCCUGCCCGACCCGCCUGCACCAGGCCCUGCCACCCGCAAUAUUGUGCCCGCUUCGCGCCCCCCCCCCAGCGACCUCCACCUCCAAGUCGGGAUAAAUAAACGGUUUGGAGGCUG